AUGCAAACGAAGGUGUUGCUGCUCUGCCUGGUACUCUCUUUGGGAACUCUUGCUUGCGGGCAAUCGGUUGACGCCAACGAUGAGGAGCAGCCGCAGCAUUUGACCAACGACGCGUCUUUCUUUCAGCCGCACCUGCACGACCGACGACUGGGUCGCCAGUUGAGCGAGGACUUGGGUCAGAGCUCCGCCAGUAGUGGCAGUGCCAGUGGCAGCAGUCAGUCCAGCUCCACCUACGAGGAUGAGGAAGACGACGAUGUCGAGGGUUCAAGCGAGUACUACGACAGCGAUGAGGAGCAGUCGGAGGGCAGCAACGAAUCCCUGCCCCGCCUGCUCUCCCAGUCCACCUUCAAUCGCAUCUCGGAGACCCUGGGCGCCCUCAAUCAUGUGGGUCACAUGCUGGUGGACAUCACGCGCGGUGGUCAGGAUCAGGCCAAAACGGAGGGGGUUGAAAAAGAGAAGAGUGAGGAUAAGACUGGCGAGGAGAGCAGUGUUUCCAGCACCACUGAGUUGGCUCCCUCCUCUACCGUAUCCUCCUCUCCUCAGGGAAAAUCGGAACCACUUCCCGGAGUCUCGGGCAAACUGAUGGACCCCCUGCCCAUUACACUCUCUGCCAAUAGUUUGCUACCAGCUGGCAAGCCCGCCAAUCUGAGUGUUAUCCAGGUGGCCACCAAGAGAAUUGGCAACGAUGACUCUGCUCCCAUGUUUGUGGAGAACAAGGAGCUCAAGCUGAAGAAGAAAAAGAAGAAGAACAAGAACAAGCAGAAGGUGAAGAAGCCCAGUGAAGAAUUAGUCCAAAUUCCAACUGGAGCUCAAUCGCAGCAGAAGAUCAAGAUACCCACAACUCCGAGAACCACCACAACUAGCACCUCCACCACCACAGAAGCUUCGAUUACCCUGAGUGCCUUGGAUAAGCUGGAUCAGGACGAAAGUAAUGAUGAUGAUGCGGGAACCGGCAAGGAUGUGGAGAACUACUGUAAGACUCCAAGUGGAAGGAGAGGUCGCUGCGAGGAUCUCAGCAGUUGUCCCGCCCUGCUGCUCAAUCUCAGCAGCCUGAGGGAAUCGCUGUGCUUCAAGAGCCUCUAUGUGCCGGGCGUGUGUUGCCCCAUUUCGGCAUCCUCCACCGUUUUGACCACCCAGAAACCUCUGAGACUGACCACUCGACCUACAACCACUACGACGAGCACUACAAAGGCCACCACGCUGCCCACGAAGAAGAUUACCGUUCGACCCACCACGCGACCCACUUCGGGACUUGUUUUGAUUCCCCAGAAGAAACCGCCAACCACCACGACGACCACCACAACGGAGGUGCCACUGGAACCCGAGGGUCUGGAUGAGAUCGGCAACAAUAUCGUGGAUCCCGAUGAGUGCGGCCAGCAGGAGUACUCCACGGGCAGAAUUGUGGGCGGAGUGGAGGCCCCCAAUGGUCAGUGGCCUUGGAUGGCGGCCAUUUUCCUCCAUGGACCCAAACGCACGGAGUUCUGGUGCGGUGGCUCCCUGAUUGGUUCCAAGUACAUCCUCACUGCGGCCCAUUGUACCCGAGAUUCGCGACAGAAACCAUUUGCUGCCCGUCAGUUUACAGUGCGAUUGGGUGACAUCGAUCUCUCCACGGAUGCCGAACCCUCUGAUCCCGUGACCUUUGCUGUGAAGGAAGUGCGAACCCAUGAGCGCUUCUCCCGCAUUGGUUUCUACAACGAUAUUGCCAUUCUGGUGCUGGACAAACCGGUGAGGAAGUCCAAGUAUGUGAUCCCCGUCUGCCUGCCCAAGGGAGUUCGGAUGCCGCCCAAGGAGCGACUGCCAGGUCGCAGGGCCACCGUCGUGGGCUGGGGAACCACCUAUUACGGCGGCAAGGAGUCCACCAGCCAGCGGCAGGCGGAGCUACCCAUUUGGAGGAACGAGGACUGCGAUCGCAGUUACUUCCAGCCCAUCAACGAGAACUUUAUUUGCGCCGGGUACUCGGAUGGCGGAGUGGAUGCCUGUCAGGGCGACUCUGGCGGUCCUCUGAUGAUGCGAUAUGACUCCCACUGGGUGCAACUGGGGGUGGUUUCCUUCGGCAACAAGUGUGGCGAACCUGGCUAUCCUGGUGUCUACACUCGUGUCACUGAAUAUCUGGACUGGAUACGCGAUCACACGAGGGACUGAUCGCCCUACUGAUCCAACCUGACCACCUUAGCCGUAACUGUAGCCUAGGUUUAGGUACACACUAGUCUAUGUACUCUUAAUGACCCCCUCCCUUCCCGCUUUCUGUUCUAUGUGCAGUGCCCUAUUUAUUAACCGCAUCCCAUUGCUAUGAUGAAUGGCAUUUGUUGACUAAAUUAUUAAUAUUUAAUUUUGAUAAAUAAACUGUGUG